AUGUGGACUGCAGAUUGGUGGUGUGACAUGCAAAAAAAGGUGCCGGAAGGAGCAACCAUUGCACCAAUUAUUCUUGCAACAGACAAAACGAGUCUGUCGCAAUUCCGAGGCGACAAAACAGCAUAUCCUGUGUACCUCUCUAUUGGAAACAUUGCUAAAGAAAAAUGGCGGCAAAUGUCAGCACAAGUGACAGUCCUGAUUGGUUACCUACCUUCAGGAAAGCUUGACUGCUUUACACCUGAUGAACGCUCCCUCGCCAGCUACCGACUAUUCCAUCAUUGCAUGUCCCUCCUCCUUCAACCCCUUGUUGCUGCAGUGUAUCUGAUCCUUGCCGCAUAUGUAGUGGACUUUCCAGAGCAGUGUCUAGUUGCAUGUUGCAAGGAAAACCGCUGUCCGAAAUGUGUAGCUGCUGCGGAUGAAAGAGGCGAUCCACUGGAUUCACCGAUGCGGUGUAGCACUCAGGCUCGCGCUGAGCACAUAUUCAGCUAA